UAUCUGAGUCUGAGCCUCUGAGGUGACGGAAUAAACGUCUCGGCAAAUUCCGUGCCAAACUCCGACACAUCAUUCUCAACUAUACGACAGCGUCAACGACGUCGACGAACACCCUCAAAUAACUCCCCAUGACUGACUCAACUUUCAAGCGUUUCGUCGAGGUUGGACGAGUGGUCCUUCUCAAAUCUGGCCCAUCUGAAGGCAAGAUCGCUGUCAUUGCUGAGAUCAUAGACCACAACCGGGCAAUCAUCGAUGGCCCAACCACUGGUGUCCCGCGCCAAUCCUUCCCCUACUGCCACCUUACCCUCACCCCUCUUACCCUAACAAAACUUCCUCGUGGCGCAGGGUCUGGUGUCAUCCGCAAGCAGGUGGAGAAGGAGGGUCUCGUUGCCAAGUGGGAGUCCUCGUCAUGGGCUAAGAAGCGUGCUGCCAUGGAGAAGAGACGGUCACUGAACGACUUUGAGCGAUUCAGCGUGAUGGUUGCAAAGAAGCAGCGGAGAGACGUUGUCAGGAAGACCCUGGCAAAAGCUGCAUAGAGGAUGCUGGCGCUCUAUGGAUACAAAAUAUUGGACAUCUUGGUAGGAUGUCGCGUCGCUGCAUGAUUCACACUUCUCUUACAUCUGUUAUGCCUACCAUGCCUACCAUGAUAUAUGCAUGCACCACAUCCACGCUAUAUUGUUAAUCAUUC